CCUUGUUCUCUAGUGCACAGCCACUCUGGUCUCUGUCAGUUCUCAAGCUGAGCUGGGGCUCUGUGACUGCCCUCGUGCACUGCCUGGUGCUAGAAACUUUGCCUGGGCAGGGCUAAGAAAAGGGAAAAUUCAGCAAGCCCCACGAGGAUCAGGGCACAAGCUUCAUACGAAGGAUUCCUCAGCAGACACUCACUCUACACCUGGAAGACAUGGAGGAAAGGCCGGCAAACACUAAUGCCGGUGUUGACAACUCAGCAUCUCCAUCUGUGGCGCAGCUUGCGGGCCGAUUCAGAGAGCAGGCAGCAGCCAUCUCAGCUAAGGAGCCACCAGCCAAUAAACCAACAAGAAGGAAACCACCUUGCUCCCUUCCCCUGUUCCCCCCCAAGAUAGAGAUGGGCCAGAAUGGUGAGGAGAAACCAUCACCCAAUGCGUGUCACCCUCCCAAAAUCAAGGUGAAAAAUUCGCCUUUGAUUGAGAAGCUACAGGCCAAUUUAGCCUUUGAUCCCACUGCCCUGUUGCCAGGGGCUUCACCUAAAAGUCCUGGAUUAAAGGCCAUUGUGUCUCCAUUUCAUAGCCCACCUUCCACCCCCAGCAGUCCAAGUGUUAGAUCCCGGUCCAGUGAACCAGAGGAGGUGCCAGUCAGCUUUGACCAGCCCCCUGAAGGCAGCCAUCUACCUUGUUACAAUAAGGUGCGGACACGGGGGUCAAUAAAGAGGAGACCUCCCUCCAGGAGAUUCAGAAGGUCUCAGUCAGACUGUGGGGUAGAUCUGGGAGAUCUGGGGGCAGCUGAAACAUCUCAGGAGAAUGGUGCCAAGGAAGAGGACAAUGAUGAAGUGUUCACAGCCAAGAACAAAGCUCUGGGAUCUCCCCUCUCUAGUAACCGGGCAAUGGGCAAAGAGCUGAGGAGAAAGCUGGAGUCAGAUGAAAAACCGCUGCUAAGGAGAUCAUGCAGUAUGACAGAGAACCCAGGGGAAAGGAGCAAGGUCUUGGAAGAAGCCACGUCAUGCAAGAAUGACGUGAAAAAUAAAGAGGGGAAACAGCAGGAUACAGUGGAAAAUGAUGGAGAACCGCACCAGAGAGCCACAGAUAAUAAAGAAGAAACAAGUGAGAGCCCAAAGAGGGAUCAAAAGGAGACAUCUCUAGGGAAUUCUGGAGGGGAGAGAAAGGAAAAGACAACCGAAGACCCUCCUUCUGAGAAGGAGGAGACAUCUGAGAAAAGCACAGGAAAUGAAGAGGAGAAACCUGGACAGAAGAACACAGGAGCUAAAGAUGAGGAACCAAAACAGGGAGCUGCCACAGGGACAAAUGAGGAGAGGCCCCAAAACAACCCCAAAGAGAAGGAAGGAGACAAUACCACUGAGCCAGAAAAAGACAAAGAAGAAAGUGAUCAAAAGGAAGAUAUUUCUCAGAACGCAGACAACCAAGAAAUAACACACAACCAAGAAAGCAAUACUGGAACAGGGCAUUCUCAGCCAGCAACAGAUUCUGAAGCCCCAACUAUGCAAUCAACCUGCAGUGCAGGGGAUGGUGCCAUUGUACAGGAUACUAAAAUGUAAAAAAAGAAAGAAAGAAAGAAAAAAGAGCUCUAUCAUCCACCCUUGGUGAAGUUGCUGGAGUCAUCUCUCUGGAAGUAGCAGCAACAACAUCUGCAGGGAAUGGAGAAACUCCAUUAGGAGCUCAUAGCAUUUCAAGAUUGCCAAAGACCUAGAAUCAGCCUGAAGUCAAAGGCGAUCACUGUUGUCUCAUGGCUUCCAGGCUGUACUGUUCUUUAGGGGAGUGGGAAGAGAGGAUCCCAGUGUAAAAGGCUUUUCACCAACAGAAAUUUGGUGCAGGAUGUUCAUUAACAGACUUUGUAGAAGAAACCUCUUGGAAAUCUCUUUCCACCAAACCUGGAGUCAACCCAGGGUCUGACUUUUAGGAAACAGCCUACCCAAGCAACUGAGCUCUGGACUGACACUUUUUCUUGAGUCAUUUCUUGAUGUAGUCCAUCAGACAUGCCUCUGUCUGAGUUGUAACUUUUGUAAUUCUCUAUAUGUAAGUAAAACCAAAUUUGGGGAUAGGGUAGGGCUGGAACAUGGGAAAAAAGGAUAUUUUGGUAAGAGUAACAAUGUGAAUCCUUCUAAAUCAUAAAAAUCGGGGGGGGGGGGGGACAGCUAGGUGGGACAACAGAUAAAGCACUUGCCUUGGAUUCAGGAGGACCUGAGUUCAAAUCUGAUCUCAGACACUUGACACUUUACUAGCUUUGUGACCCUGGGCAAGUCACUUAACCCUCAUUGCCCCACACCAAAAACAAAAAACAAAAAAAAUAAAAAUAAAACAAAAACAAAAACAACAAAAAAACACCCCCCCAAAAAAAAAAACUCCAGGACUUUUGAGACAAACUUUCAGCUCCCCCGGUUUUGAGAUGGCCAAGCAGUUUUUCAAAGACUAGAUGAGCUAAGUGUUGAAACAUUCAUUUCAACCUGUGUCAUAUUUAGUCCAAGAGCCUGAGUGUGCUUUUGCUCUUGGAAAUGGUCCUCUUAGCUUAUGACUGCCAUGGCAACCUAGGCAUGCACCCUUUCUGUCUUGUUCAGAGGAGGUAGGCUCUCCAUUGGAAAAGCAGGAUGUUCUCAGCACCAGAUGGGAAAUCAGAAGAUGUAGAUUUCAUUCCUGACUCCUCUCCCCCUCCUUCCCCCCAGACUCAGUGUAUCCAAGUCAAAACCCUUUAUUCCUUAAUUUCCUCAUCCACAAAACCUGCCCCUGUAUCGACAUGAAAUCUUAAGGUGAGGAUAAAUGUUGCUGCUCCAGAAAAUAAUUCUUAAUGAAAAGGUCUCUUAAGCUAUAUUAAAUAUUGCCAGGAAGAUGUUUUGUGGUCUUCUUACACAUGUACCAGGUGAAGGUAAUCAUUCUUAAUAGCUGUUUGGAAAUGCCAUCAAGGCCACUGUUUCAAACCUAGCUUCUUCUUGAAGCUAUGAGUAAGGGAUGCUCUGUCGCGCAGAAGCAUCUUUCCCCAGAGUCUAAUUCUACAGGGUAUAUAUCUUUGCAUUAACAGGGGGUUUGUAUGAGGCAGAAAGACUGACUCUUUACCUCAGAUACUCUCCCUUAUCUGUCAGGGCUAAAGGACAUUGACCAAAAGAAAUCUUCACUUUGCAGAGCUGCUCCUGGGUCUGACUUGAGUUUCGGGGCCUUCCAAAGUGCUAAUUCAGUGGGAUCUUGGCUCUACGGGAUUCACACUGGAAAUCUUCGGAAAUUGGAAAAUGACCUCCUGGCCUGAAGGGUCUGGGGUUGCUCCUGGCACCUUCAUUUUCUCUGCCUAGUCACACUUUUCUCUGACUCCUGGAAAGAGUUAGCAUGGGGCUAACAUUGUUUUAGAAAAUAACCCUGUUGUUAAAAAAGCAAAGGGUUGAGUAGGACAUGUUCUGACCCAGCCUAUUUAAGGGUGUGCUUUACUGUAUUACUGCAUAUACACAUAUGUGCUUAAGAGUUCAGCACAUGUGCAUUUGUAUGAGUGUGUGUGAUGAAAAGGAAAGAUUUAUCCCAUUCCUUUCCCCAGAAUGAAAAGGAAGGAAAAGAGAAGAAAUAAAAACUAUAGCGAUAAAAAGAAAAAUGUGCUUUCCUUCUGAGAACUGUACUUUAAGAUGGGGAAUUGGGAAUACAGAUAAUAAAGUGACAAAAGAAACUAGCUUGAUGCCAGAG